CCUGUUUUCAAAUGAUUUUUCUUGUCUCAAGUGUUGUUAUCUUUGAGAUUCUUAUUGAUUAAACCAAACAAAGGUCGAAAUCGGGUCUCGGCGUGAAGGCAUAGUUAGCAUUGAGAGCGACGUCUAUCGCAUUGAGUGCAGUGUUUGAGUGUUGGAGUGAAUCGUCAGACAUAACGUCAGUCUAUAGCGAUAGAGUGACUGAGAGAUCGUCCAAAAGAUGCGAAACCAAAAUAUGGCUGAAUCUAAAGCCUCCGGUUUUUCACGGGUUGUUCAGAAACACUCUCUGAGGGCCAAAGAAAGGUUAUUACAAAACUUCGGCAAAGCGGACAAAACUACAGAUGAGUUGUUUGAAGUCUAUCAAAACAAUUUCAAUAAACAGCAAAAAACUGCCGAUCGGCUCCAGAAGGAGCUCAAGAACUACUAUAAUUGCUGUCGAGAGAUGCAAACGGCGUCCAAAUCGCUGAUGGAAUGCGUACAAGAGAUCUAUGAACAGGAGUGGCCCGGACACGACCAGAUCCACGUCAAGGCACAGACACUGGAACUCUUAUGGGGAGACCUGUGCCACAAAAUCAAUGAUCAGUGCACUAUACCCUUAAGCACUUAUUUGAGUCAAUUCUCCGAGAUUCGGAACAAAAUUGCCAAAAGGGGUCGAAAACUGGUCGACUAUGACGGCUGUCGCCAUACGUUAGAAGCUGUGGAGACGGCCUCUAAGAAACGGGACGACAUUAAGGUGGCGAAGGCCAGGGAGCAGCUCGAAGAGGCCCGACGUCUCUACGAAGUGCUGAAUAAGGAGCUGCACGAGGAGUUGCCGGCCCUAUACGACAGCAGAAUACCAUUUCUGGUGUCAAACCUGCAGACGUUAUUCUCGGCUGAAAACACAUUUCACAGCGAAUAUUCCAAAGUGUCCGCUCAGUUCUGUGACUUAGUGGACCUGUUGGCCGCCGAAGCUGCCAAAGGUGCCUAUCAUAGCAAUGGCCGCCAUAUUAUCACGUCUUCGCCCAACACGACCCUUAAAAUCGAUGCAAACACUGUUAAACCUUAUGAAGACAUUGAAUCCUUUAACCCUUCGAAUCGCGACAUUAAAUCCAAUCAAGACUUACAAAGGAUUUCUGUUACAAAUGGAUUGUCCACUACUGCACACACCGGAGAUAACACUAUUCGCAUCGAAAACACAUCCAAUGAUACGAACGAAUCGCUCAAUAAAUUUGAAAAUAAUUCUGUUUCCAUCGAUUCGACUCAUAUCACAGAUUCUCAUAAACCGGAAGUAAUACAUGAAUUGAAUGAAAAAAAUAAAGCCGAAGAACUCUAUGAUAUUCCUAUCGGCGCCACGACUACUGAUUUGCCUCCAGGAGUCUUAUAUAAGGUUCGGUCGACAUUCAAAUACGCGGCCGUCGAUGAGGACGAGCUGUCUUUCGAAACGGGAGAAACAGUUCAUGUGAUUGAAUACGAAGAUCCAGAGGAACAGGAGGAGGGAUGGCUGAUGGGUAUUAGGGAACUGAAUGGCGAAAGGGGUCUCUUCCCGGCCAACUUCACGCGUCCUAUUUAGCACACAUUGAACGUCCGUUAAUAAUAGUAUUGUUCUCACAGUAUCUAUAGUUUAAUAUAAAUUAAAAAUCAUUAAUGCAAUGCAACUAAGAUUUAAGUCAAAACAAAAGGAUCGAGAGGUUCGAGCGCUGCAAUCAUUGAACAAAAGUGCAAAUACUAUAUUAUGUCUAAACAAACGUUUAUUUUUUGUUUUUUCUAUUUAAUUGUGCCAUUUCUUAGUUAAAUUACUUUAACACUACUUUAAAACACAAUUGAGCCGU